AUGUGUAUUGCCAAUGCCGCUACAUUUCCCUUGACCAGGAAGGGGACCCGUCUAGCGAAACUAGCGCGAGCAUUUAUCCUGAACGGAGUCACGAUCCUGCAAAGAGUCAUUUCGAACCAGCCUCAACACUAUUCACAUGACCAUUUCUACUUUGGGCUCAUCAGCGAGGCAAUUGAAGCUUUGCGAAUGUUACGAUCGUUGCUGAUACAGCGGACGCAAAUUCAGGGUGGUAACGAGAAAAUGCUCGAGCAAAGGAUCAGACACAGUGCGCCCGACAAUUUCAACGACUCAACCUGGAAUACCAACGCAUUGGAUAUUCUGAAUUACGUGACUGCAACUGAUUGGAUGUACGAAGUCCCGGAGCCGUUCAUAGGGUUCCUGGACGUUGAUGAGCUGGAUGUCGGCCAACUGCCGAGGUCUCCACUGGGGCCGGGAUAA